AACGCCCCGAGCAUGGUAGCGUUUAAAUUUGGCGGUGCCUCUGGUUUCUCCCAGACAGCCUCAAUGGACUCCUCCAACCAACUGUCCAGUGGUGGUCUGAGCACCGGCAGACCACCAGAGUGGUCACUGUACGAAGAAGCUGGUCUCUUCCAGGUUAGCGUCCUUCGCAUUUGA